AUGGCGCUGCCACCCGCCACUCUCCUGCCCGGUGUGCUGCUGGUGGCCGACGCCCUGGCACUGGUGUUACUGGUGCCGCUGGUGCCGCUGCUGGCGCCGCUGGGCGUGCUGGGCGUGUGGCUCGAGGCUGCCCUGCGCUUGCCCAUCCUGGCCGCGGCCACCCGGCUGCCAGCCCCUCGCCGUCCUUCCGGAGCCACCGCGGCCGCCGUCACGGCCGCCGCCACUCCCGCGGUGUUCGGAACCUUCCAGAGCCUCCUGGGGCCGCCCGGGGCCGGCCCGGGGCUGUUGGCGGCCGCGGCGCCCGCCUGGCUCGGGGUCACCCACGCCGCUGCCGCCCUGGCCGUGCUGGCUUGGGCCGCGCCCCCGGCCCCCGGCAGCGUCCCCGAGACCCCCGGAGGCGUCCCCAAGGCUCCCGGCAGCGUCCGGCGCGCUCUGGCACUGACCUGGGAGCAGAGGAACGUCCUUGGAGCUGCUGUCCUCUGCCUUGUGCUGGCUGUUCUUGGGGAGAUGGCGGGGCCAUACACCAGCGGGAAGGUGCUGGAUGCCAUCGGGAGUGGGGAUGGAGUCACCGCUGGAGCUGUCGGGAUGGUGGCGGCUGCUGGAGCCACAAGUGUGCUGUUUUCUGGCUGCCGGGGGUCUCUCUUCAUGCUGUUGAUGGCGUGUCUCCAUCAGAGCCUGAGCCUGUGGCCUUUUUCUCACCUGGUGCACCAAGACUUGGACUUCUUCCAGGGAACACCAGUAGCUGAGCUCCUGGCUCAGUUUUCCAUGGAAGUGCCACGGGUGUGCAGGGCAGCACCGAGUGGAGCCAACCAGCUGCUGCGGAGCCUGGUGAUGGCCCUGGUGGUGGGGGGGUUCAUGGUGGGGCUGGCACCGGGGCUGGCACUGCUGGCACUGCUGGAGGUGCCCCUUGGAAUUGCCACCCGCCGCAUCCAGAGCACGCAAACAGAUCCCCUGUUGCUGCCACAGGCCCUUCAGCGAUCCAUGCUGGAAGCAUCUGCCCGCACAGCCGCAGGGGUGCAGGAAUCUGUUGCCGCCAUCGAGACCAUCCGAACCUUUUCAGCAGAGGAGGAGGAGGAGGAGCAGCACAGAUGUAACCUGGCCAAGGAGCUGAGGCUGAAGGAGCAGAUAGAGCUGGAGCUGGCAAUCUUCGUCCUUGUCUACAGGGUGAUCAAACUGGCCAUCCGGGUCAUGGUGCUCUUCAGGAGCCACCAGCAGCUCCGUGACGGAUCCAUCACUCCUGGGGUCCUCGUCACCUUCCUGCUGUACCAGGACAGAGUUGGUAGCCAUAUCCAGGUGCUGCUCUAUGGCUUCAAUGAAUUCCUGACCAACGCAGCUGCUGGACAGAGGAUCUGGGAAUACCUGGAUCGGAAACCCGCAGGGAAUGUCGGGGGGACGCGGGAGCCUCCCGAGCUUCAGGGCCAUGUCACUUUUCAGAAGGUCUCCUUCACAUAUCCUGGAAAUCCAGAGCACCCUGUGCUGAAGACUCUCACACCUGUCCCCAUCCCACAUGAUGUGAGCUUCGAGGUGCGCUCUGGGGAGGUGACGGCGCUGGCGGGGCCCAAUGGCAGCGGGAAGAGCACGGCCGUGGCGCUGCUGGAGCGGCUGCGGGAUCCUGGCAGCAGGACGGUGCUGCUGGAUGGGAUCCCGCUGCCAGAGUAUGAACACCAGUACCUGCACCGCAAGGUGGUGCUGGUGGAGCAGGAUCCCGUCCUGUUUUCUGGAACGAUCCGUGAGAACAUCCUGCUGGGGCUGGAGCACUGCAAAGAGUCAGAGCUGCGGGAGGCCGCCACUGCUGCUGGAGCCAUGGAGUUCAUCCAGGGGCUGGAGCAGGGCUGGGACACUGAGGUGGGGGAGCACGGGGGGCGGCUGGCGGCGGGGGAGCGGCACCGUGUGGCCCUGGCCCGGGCUCUGCUCUGGCGUCCGGCCGUGCUCAUCCUCGACGAGGCGCUGGAUGAUGGAUAUGAUGGAGCAAGCAUUCUCUGGCUGCAGGCACAGCGCUGGGUGCACACUGGGCUGGCCAAGACCGUGCUGGUCGUGUCCCACCGGCCGCGGGUGCUGGACAGGGCCGAUCGCCUGGUGCUGCUGGAGCGCGGGGCCGUGAUGGAGACGGGAACACCAGCGGAGCUGCGGGAACGCCGCAGCGCCUACAGCCGCCUGCUCCUUGGAGGAGGCAGCACCGGGCAGCCCGAGGGCCCCAGGAUGGGCAGCGAGAAGGGGGCUGUGUUCAAUCCUCUGAGACUGUCUGGAGAACAGAACUGCAUCGGGCAGAGCUUUGCCAUGGCUGAGAUGAAGGUGGUAGUGGCAUUGACACCGUCCCAGUUGGUGCUGAGGAGGGACAACGUGAGGUCACCCCCGCGCCGCCAGCCCGAGCUGAUCCUGCAUGCCAAGGACGGGCUCUGGCUGCUGCUGGAGCCACUGGUGGGAGUGGCCUGA